CUCGCGAGGACGCACGCAGCGGGCCGCCCCGAGAGCCGAGGUGCUUAGGCGGCGGGAGCUGAGGCGAUGGAGGCGGCGCGGCCGCGAGGGGUGCUGCGCUCGCUCAACUCGCGGGAGCCGGCCCAGGUCAUCUUCUGCAACCGCAGCCCGCGCGUCGUGCGGCCGCUGUGGCUCAACUUCGAGGGCGAGCCGCUGCCCUACCCCACGCUGCCGCCCGGCACCGGCCGCCGCAUCCACAGCUUCCGAGGUCACCUGUGGCUGUUCAGAGACGCGGGCACGUACGACGGGCUGCUGGUGAACCAGACCGAGCUGUUCAUGCCGUCUCUCAGCGUGGACGGACAGCCGAUCUUUGCCAACAUCACACUGCCGGUGUACACCCUGAAGGAGCGCUGCCUGCAGGUGGUCCGCAGCCUGGUGAAGCCCGAGAACUACCGGCAGCUGGACAUCGUGCGCUCCCUGUACGAGGACCUGGAAGACCACCCGAACGUGAGGAAGGACCUGGCGCGCCUGACGCGUGAGCACAUGGAGCAGCAGCGGCCCGAGGAGGAGCCGGCCGGCCCGAGCGCCUGAGCUGCCCCCUGAGCUGCCCUGCUGCGGGGCUCUGCGUCGGGUCAGGACUGCUCACCUGGCCCCUGCUCGUGGGGUGAGCAGAGCGGCCCCGCUGCUUCUCCGGACACCUGGGGUGCAGGGUGCGAGCUGAGGUGCGUCAGCUGCCUGCUCGCUGUCCAGCCAGCCAGGAAUGUUGGUGCCCGCUUCUUCCGAGAAGCCCUCGAGGCUGGGACAAGCCUGUUUCCUCUUCAGGACCCCAGUGCCUCGCACAUAAUGAGCCUCCGGUCAGGGUCAGGGUCGGUGUCUGUGAGGUGAAGGAGCCCGUGGAGACUGGCGUUUGAAGGUUCUGCGUCGGCCGGGCUGGAGGGCAGGGCAGUGUGCACAGGGCACUUCCUGCUGGCCACCUCCUGGGGGCAGUUUGGCCCGCUGCCCCGUCUUUGCCUUUGUGCCAGCCCUGGCUGCUCAGUUCCCUUCAGUGUUGCUCUCAGGCCCCCCGGGGUGGGGGGGACAGCCUCUGGGAGCGGCCCCAACACCGAGGGUCCAGAGGGCCCUGGGACAUUUUUCUAGUUUCGUAAAACCCUUUCUUACACACUGGAUUUCAACUCCUGUGGUCAAAUUCAGUUUCUCUACCAGACUUGUUUUGUGACUAAAAGGUGGGAGUGGGGGACGUCACCCCGGGAGAGAACAUCUUAGAGAAGACCCGAAAGGAGGAGCAGUGAGCGCAGAUGCGCUUGGUGAAUAGCGGCCCAGCCCCAGCAGUGCCGAGACCUCAACAGCUGGGACGGGGUGGGGCGGGGCGGGCCGCUCCUGCUGUUCCUGCCGAGCUCUGCUUCCCCCUUCAGCCUGAUGCCCACUCUCCACGGUGGCACACGCCCCACCUGAAAGUACCCAUUCUCUCUUAUAGACGAAUUCGGGGGCAUCUCUUGGCAUCUUUUGUCACAGGCACUAAGCUGUGGGCUCAGUCUCUGUGCCCUACAGCCUGGGUGGAGUCCCCCUCCCCCGUCUGUCUGCAAUGCUUUACACUUCGCCUCCCGUUUCAACAUUCAGCAGAGAAGUUGGCGCUUUAAAUUUGAGUUACCUGUGAAAGACCCGACUAGUUGCAGGGCUGGUUUAUGAAGUGCGGGGCCAGCAGACGGCUCUCCGAGUUCCGAAUGGGCCUUGAAGAAAGUCUGCUUGGGGUGGGGGUAGCACAGUGGCUCUCAAGUCCCAGGUUCGAACCCUACACCACCAGAAGCCAGAGCUGAGCAGUGCUCUGGAAGAAGAAGAAGAAGAAGAAGAAGAAGAAACAGCAGCAGAAGCCUUCUUGUGCCAGUUGAGUUAACACGCAGUACUGGUUUCAGUAUUUGAACUCUUUUGCGGUCAGAUGGAAUUUCCUAUUCCACUGGUUAAAUGUACGGUUUUGAGUUCUGUGUUUGAGUUGUCCAAGGAAGAGUGAAAACCUGUAGCAUGAAUAAUACAUCUUUUUCAUUUGAAACCUUAUGAAUGUACCACUCUUAGGAGUGUGAUGUUUUCUAUUUUGAUUAAAAAAGACAACUGUACUUUAAUAACAUUAAAUGGUGCUGACAGAACCAA